ACUUUAACUAUUUAAUAAGAAUUAAUCACUUCCUGUAUUAGGCCUAUCAUUCACAAAGCUAUUCAGAACGAGGCAAGUUCUGCAUAUAAUUAUAUGAAAUCGAAAAACAAGCAAAAUGUAAAAUAUAAUAGAUAGGCCUAUUAUUAAAACGUAUCUAAGAUAAAUAACUGCACAUUUACAGCCACAUUAACGCUAUUUCAUUAACUGACUGGUUAAAUUUCUUUGUUCACUUAUUCGUGUUUUCUUGGGAACAAGAUUGAUGGAAUGAAACGCAAGAGAAACAGCGUGUUCAAAAUGUGCACCAGACACUUAUGAUAAUUAACUGUGGCAAUAUGGAGAAUCCCACUUUGGUGUGUUCAGUGUCUAUAGAAGAACUCUCCCCUACUGGAAACAUUUUGAGGAAAGUGCACCACAGAAGUUUGACCAUGACACUAGGUAGAGAUGAGUUCAGGGAGCUUCAAAUGAAGGUGUCCUUUCCAAAAAAGGAGUGUAAAUAUGCUGUCAAGGAACUUGUUAUCCAUAAAAAAUUUGUUAAAGAUGGUAAAGCCACUAUUAAAUUACCUGAUCAUAAAAUCCAGUUUAUGUUGUCCAACUGCCCACCAGACAAGCUUGUUCUAUUUUUACAAACAUUGCAGACAAAACUUGAUGUUCUCAAACAAAAGGGAUUCGUGUCUCAGCGUAGCAAGCUUUUCUCCGGAAAACAACACGACUUUGAUGAAAUCUCUCCUCUCACGUUAAAAGAUCUUCAAGUCGCUCAUGCAGGAAAAGCUGCACAACCACCGACACUUAACCUUGCCAACAAAAAAAGACCACUGGAGGCUGCUGGUCAAGUGACAAGCAGCAACCCCACAGAACAAGAUGCAAAAAGGUUAAAGCUGGUCGCUACAAAAGCUGCACUAUUGAAAAUGACAAAAAUUAAUGGGAUUAGCCCUUCUAAGGUUUUAGCCAAACCAGUUCAACUUACUCCGGAACAAAAUAAUGUAUUAGAAGCUGUGUUACGAGGAAGAAAUAUAUUCUUUACAGGGAGUGCAGGAACGGGGAAAUCAUACCUUUUGAAACGAAUUAUUGGAGCCCUACCUCCCAAUCAUACAUAUGCAACUGCGAGUACUGGAGUUGCUGCUUGCCAUAUUGGUGGUACUACACUGCAUUCGUUUGCAGGGAUUGGCUCUGGGAAGGCACCUUUAUCCCAAUGUGUUCAGAUGGCUUCUCAACCCAGGAUAGCACAGCAGUGGCGAAGCUGUAAACACCUGAUCAUUGAUGAGAUCUCUAUGGUGGAUGGAGACCUAUUUGACAAGCUGGAAACUGUAGCUAGAAUGGUUCGUAAAUCAGAUCAACCAUUUGGUGGUAUCCAGUUAAUCUUGUGUGGAGAUUUCCUUCAACUGCCCCCUGUCACAAAACCAGGGGAAGUUAGGAAGUUUUGCUUUCAGAGUGAAGCCUGGCGAAAAAGUAUAGAAACCACAAUGGAACUGACAGACAUUAAAAGACAAGUGGACAAAAACUUUAUUAACAUCUUGCAGCUUAUUAGAAAAGGACUUUGUCCUGAAUCUGUGUGUCAAGCCUUGAUAGAGACCAGCAACAAAUGUAUAGAAAGGAAUGGUGUCCUGGCCACUAAACUCUGUACCCACAAAGUGGAUGUAGAUGAUAUCAAUGUCAGUAGGCUGAAACAGUUGACAGGUGAUGUACGCAUGUUUGCAGCUGUAGAUGACAAUGAGGUGUACAAGCAACAACUUGACACACUUUGUCCUGCUCCUGCUUACCUGGAACUAAAACUAGGAGCACAGGUGAUUCUGUGUAAGAAUCUUGAUAUACAAAGAGGACUGGUGAAUGGUGCACGUGGUGUAGUGGAGGGCUAUGAUAACAGUGCUAAUGGCUAUCCUGUCAUCAAGUUUGUGAAUGGUGUCACCGAGGUACUCAAACCCGUUAAGUGGAUCUUCAAAAUAGGAGGGGGGAACACCAUCAUCAGAAAGCAGAUACCUCUGAAGUUAGCCUGGGCGAUAUCCAUUCACAAAAGUCAAGGAAUGACUCUAGACUGUGUUGAAAUCUCUUUGGGCAAAGUGUUUGAAACUGGACAAGCAUAUGUGGCACUCUCAAGAGCCAAGAGCCUGGAGGGCCUCAAAGUUGUCGACUUCAACAAGAACUGUGUCAGGGCUGAUCCCACCGUCUUAAACUUUUACAGCAAGCUGGAGCUGCGACACAGGAUGCUACACAACGGGGUAGAAGAUGAGAAUGAAAUUUUCCGUCCAAAUCCCAGCCUGCUCUCUAGAAGGUGACCUCAAUUUGAGUAAAUGUCUUUCUUUUUUUAAACCUCAGGGAAAACUUUUUUUGAGUAUAUAAAUGUUAAGUAUAAAUGGCUCAGAUAUUUUGUUUUUCCAUUUGUGUUCUACUUGUAGUAAUACUGUGUGGUAGGGAUUUGUUUUGCUUUAAAGUGUAUGUUUAAAACGUAAUUUACCUUGUGCAAUAAUUAUUUUUGCAGUCCAAUCAAAUUUCUUUGGUACAUGUAAACUGAAUUUAUUUAUUCUUUUGUAUUCACUUACUCUGUGUUCAGUUGAAACAUCAGUUGUUGUUUUUUUUUUAGUGAUAUUAAUAAAUAAAUUAAUAAAUAGGAGUGAAUUUUUCUUGGAACAUGUGUAGCUGAGUGGAAUAAUCCUCUCAGCUACUUAGCAAGGGGCCUCGAGUUCAAAUCCUAAUUCAAACUCAGUUAUGUUUGAGUGUCUAAGUGGAAUAAUCCUCUCAGCUACUUAGCAAGGGGUCUUGCCUAAAGAUCCUCAAAAUAGAUUGGACCAGAUUGCAUUUAGCGUGCUUUAUCAUGAAAGAUGUACAUUACAAGAGUAUUAAAAAGAAAAAUGUGGGAUUUUUUUUUUCUUAUGCAUACAUGUUACACUUUUAUUAAGUCAUUUUUUUUUAUUUAUCGAUGUGGUGAUAGAAAAAAAAUCAUUUGUUUAUCAAGUAGUCUCUUUUUUGUUUCUUUUAAAUCUCAAUUUUGAUCAAUCUGGAUACAUACAAAAUUAAGAAAACUUAGAUGUAGUUGAAAAAAAUCCAAGUGCUCAAGAAUUAAUAAAUGAACAAACUUUAAGCUUUAAUGUAAUAUCUCAUAUCCAGAUCAUCACACAGUCACAAAAAAUGUUUUCAUUUGAGUUGGUAACUGAAUUAAACAAAAUGUUUAUUAUGAACCAAGACCAUAAGGCCAUGCUUAUAUGUAUAUAUAAUUAAUUAUUUAUUGUCAUAGAGGUAAGUCCUAGAUACAUGCUGUUUAAUGAUGAGUCCUAGGUGCAUUCUGUUUUGUUGCUCAAUAGUAGGUCUUAGGAUGUUCUAUUCACCUCUCAAAGAUCACUUCAUCUUCCCCUCCUGUACUCUCUGUUGGCAGAUCCAAAGAGAUCCCAGACAAAUCCAAAU